GGGACUACGGCAAGCGGCGAGGUCCAGAAGAGCUGUGACUCAUCGUCACAGAAUAAAGCGGAGUAACAGUCCACGGAGCCAAGCUGCAGAUUCACGUUCGCUCCAGUCCUCCUGUCAGUCCUCCUGUCUGUCUCUCUGUCUGUGUGUUCAUCAGUAUGAGGAGUGCCAGGUCAGCUGUGCACUGUGGGGGUCUGUUCCUCCUCCUGUCCUGCUGUUUGCUGGGUGUUUAUUCUCAGGUGGAUCCGCAGCAGCAGCAGCAGCAGCAGCAGCAGCAGCAGCAGCAGCAGCAGCAGCAGCAGCAGCAGCAGCAGCAGCAGCAGCAGCAGCAGCAGCAGCAGCAGCCCCCCCAGCAGCCCCCCCCACCUGUCGUAGAGAGUGCAGCCCACAUAUCGGUCCACGGUCACGCUCGCCUGGACAGAAACAUGGUCCAGGACAAAGACCACAUCAUGGAGCAUCUGGAGGGAGUGAUAGACAAACCGGAGAAGGAGAUGUCACCCCAGGAGCUGCAGCUUCACUACUUCAAGAUGCACGACUACGAUGGAAACAACCUCCUGGACGGGCUGGAGUUAGCCACAGCGAUCACACAUGUACACCGAGAGGAGAGAGGAGAGGACAGCCAGCCAAUGAAAGAGGACGACCUCAUCACGCUCAUUGAUGAUGUUCUGAGGGACGAUGACAAAAACAAUGACGGCUACAUCGAUUACGCAGAGUUCGCCAAAUCACUGGAGUAAAGUGUCUCCAAGUUUCCACAUGUCCACAGCAGCAAAGGAGCUGCAGAGAGGGUGAACGUAAACCGAGAAGCUGCCCCAAGAGGUGGAACACCUUCAUUCAGUCUGUUCUCUCUCUCUCUCCCUCUCUCUCUCUCUCACACAGGCAAUCACAGGAUUUUUGGUAAUUUUUCAUAGUUCCUUUCAUACCAGUAAUUUGAUAAGCAAACAAAGCAACUUUUUUUUCAAUGCACUCUUGGUGUAUGCUUAUAAUUACAUUUAAAAAGGGCCAGUUCACCCAAAAUCAAUAACAAAUAUUUAUUGUGUAAUCUUGUUGUUUUGUUGAUCUGACCCUUGUAUGGUAGCACUGUAGUGUGUCUACACGUGUGUUCUUCUUUUCAGCGAUGCUACUUUAAACUCACUUUGAGCAUCUGAACUGAAUGUCACCACUUUAAAUGAAGAAGUUUCUAUUUCAAACUGUGUUGUGUAAAUGUCGGAUUUAACUGACGCACACUUCCUGUUUGGUACUUAGCAUAAUGGACCAAUCGAUUCCUUGUGUGAAUCAAUUUCAUUGGCUGUUUGUGACGAGGAUGAUGAGACAAACAGGUCGUUCCCAUGCCAACAGAAAGUGGCCUGGCUCAGAUGUGUAGUCAGUGAUGUAGUGUGUGUUUGUAGAGUAGAAAAACUUGUUGAACUGAAGUGAUAUAUUAUUUUUUGGGGAGAGAAUCCUGUGGUUCGAUGCAGAACAACAUGGAUGUGAAUGUUUCAAGCCGACUGACACACUGUGUCACAUCAGAACCUCACGUUGCUUCUCGAAGUGGUUCUUCAUCAUCCUCCUGUCGCCGCUCAGCGAGAAGUUCCCCAACAAUGACCUGUUGUCAUGAAGUGAAUGUAAAUCAGCACAUCACUGUGCAGUGCUGGUUCGUUAUCACUGGAUGAGCAAAGACUUGAAGCACACUGGUUGAUGCUGCUCCCACAGCAGCUUUUUUAAACUCUACGUCUCCAGAAAAAACACUUGUACACAGCUCUGAUGCUGAAGAAAUUUGCUGCCUUUAAAAUAUACUGUAACUAUGUUUGUGUUCAUGGCAUUGUUACAGAAAAUAGCCUAAUGUGGAAGGUCAUGGGUUUAAUUUCCAAACUAACUAAGGAAUGAACAUCAUGUGACAGUAAGUUCAGUUUACAAUAAUAAAGUUUUGAUCACAAUCAGAUCAUUCUGAGGUAAGGACGGACUGAGACGUCUGUAUGUAUUCGUACGAUUAUAGAUGCAACACUUUAGGUCUGUGUCAAAAAUAUCUGAUUCCUUCUUCAGUCUAAUUUUCAUAAGGAUUAAUUCUAUAUUUUUGCCAUCCAGUGUUGAUUCUUCAAUCAGUUCAGGUUGUUGAAUACAAAUGUUUAAAACCCAAAGUGAAACUAUAACAGAUGCAACUGUGUUGUCUCUGAAAUGUGAAAUAUAAAAAAUUAUAUAUAAUCUAA